CAAGGACAGUAACUGUGUUGACACGUCCCAGUGUAAGGCGAGUCUAUCCUGUUUGGCGGGGAGGUGUGGCUGUACCACCACACAAUUCUUCCACAGCAGUUUGUCCGUGUGUCAAACUAGACUGCCUGAAUCAGAAAACUGCACGGAAAGUUUACAAUGUCAACAAAACCUGACCUGUAUACACAGCACAUGCACGUGUUCGAGUGCAGAAUUCUUUGACAACACCACCCAGUUCUGUUUUAUAAGACGAUCCCAUUUAGAGAGCUGCAGCCUAAGUUCUCAAUGUAAAGACAGCUUAAGUUGCAUUCACGGAGUGUGUGAAUGCACAAGUGAAGAGUUCUUCGAUAACAAAACACAGUCGUGUCGCGAAAGGCUAUCAUACACUGAAGGAUGUGCUGAUGAUUUGCAAUGUAAAGCGAACCUUAGCUGCGUCCAAGGGAAGUGUGGGUGUUUAGAUGACCAAUAUUUCAACAACCAAUCGCAGCUAUGUUUUACAAGACUGGCCCGAUCCGACAGUUGUAGCGACAGUCACCAGUGUAGCCUUACACUAAGCUGUAUCGCCGGGGAGUGUACGUGUGAUAGUGGCGAGUACUUCGACAACACCACUCUCUUCUGCCUUACACAGUUGGGACGUUUUAACAGCUGCUCUGAGAGCUACCAGUGUGAGCCAAGUUUGAGCUGUGUUUCUGGGACCUGUGAGUGCACGACACAUGAGUACUAUGAUGGCUCACUCAACGCUUGCUCUACACGUCUGCCAAGAUUUGAGACGUGCUAUGACAGCAUGCAGUGUUCAAACAACUUACGAUGUGUCAGUGACAUGUGUGAUUGUGCCAGUGACGAGUACUUUGACAACUCAACAAACACGUGCAGUCCUCGAUUACCCCGAUAUGGAAACUGCACGCAUGAUUUACAAUGUGAAGACAUCUUAAGUUGUAUUGACGACAACUGUGUGUGCAAGAGUGAGCAGUAUUUUGAUGACACCUCCAGGUCAUGCCAACCUAGACUGUCAGUAAAUGAAAGCUGUACAACAAGUUCACAAUGUAAACAUAGCUUUAGCUGUGUCAACAACACGUGUAGCUGCCUGGCAACAGAGUAUUUCGAUAGUUCAACUGAGAUGUGUUUUUCACGGUUAGCACGGUUCUCAAACUGUAGCCACACAGAGGAGUGCAGUACCAGUUUGACUUGUAUUGAGGGGGUGUGUGAGUGCACAUGGGAUGAGUACUUCGACAAUCAAACAAACUCUUGUCAGCCAAGAUAUUCCCGAUUCAGCAACUGUACAGAAAGUUUACAAUGUGAAGCUACCUUGACCUGUGUUGAUGAAACCUGCGAUUGUACCAGUCUGGAGUACUUUGAUAACUCGACAAGAUCAUGUCUUGCAAGAGUGUUCAGGGGAGACAACUGCUCCGAUAUAUACGAAUGUUCCAGUUCUCUCUCCUGUAUAGACGGAGUGUGCAACUGUACCCAAACAGAAUUCUUUGAUCAUCUCACCAACUUAUGCUCAGACAGAUUAGACCGUCUCUCUUCAUGUAACGACACGACCCAAUGUAAAAACACCUUGUCUUGUCUGGGUCAACGCUGUGAUUGUUCUGGUGACCAGUUCUAUGACCACUUGCCUGCCCUGUGUGUUACAAGGCUGUCGAAGGGAAGUAACUGCUCUAGUACAGAUAAAUGUAAGAGUAGUCUUUCUUGUAUCAGUGGCGUGUGUACAUGCAGACAAUCAGAGUUCUACAACCAAACCACCUAUAACUGCUCAGCAAGACUACACAGGCAAGCGCCGUGUAAUGACACACUACAAUGUCAGGAAUCUCUCUCGUGUUUCCAACAAAGGUGCCAGUGUACACAUGUGGAAUACUUUAACACAACCUCGGCUCGGUGCACUUUACGACUACCUAUGGGAGAUAACUGCGCCAACACUCAGGAGUGUAAGAGUAGUCUGUCGUGUCUAGGCGGCAAAUGUGCAUGUCUGUUGACAGAGUUUUUUAACCAUACUUCACAUCUGUGCACGACUCGUUUAGACCAGUACCAGCCGUGUGACGAGACACUACAGUGUCAGGAAACUUUCUCGUGUUUGGGUCAGAUGUGUCGCUGCUCUAACGAUCAGUUUUACCACAGUCGACACGGUGUCUGCAACUUAAGGUUAUCAAGAGAAGACAACUGCUCAGAAACACUUGAAUGUAAGAGUAGUCUAACUUGUAUCAAUGGAAGUUGUGACUGUCUACAGUACGAGUUUUUCAACCACAUGACCAACACAUGCGCACAAAGAUUAGCCCGGCACCGGUCGUGUAAUGAGACACUACAGUGUAAAGAUACCCUCUCUUGUGUAAGCCAACUCUGUCAGUGUAUAGAGCAUGAGUUUUACAACAGUAAACUCGGUGUCUGCAACCAAAGAUUAUCAAAAGAGGGCAACUGUUCAGAUACACUGGAAUGUAAGAGUAGUCUAACUUGCAUUAACGGAAUGUGUGGCUGUCUUCAGUCCGAGUUUUUUAACAACACACUCAGGGAGUGCACACAAAGAUUAUCCCGGCACAAGUCAUGUUACGAGACACUACAAUGUCAGGAAACCCUCUCUUGUUUGGGUCAGAUGUGUCGGUGUACAGAGGAUGAAUUUUACGACGCCACAUUUGGUGUCUGUAGAUCCAAAUUAUCGCGAGGAGACAACUGCUCAGAGACACAGGAAUGUCAGAGUAGUCUAACGUGCAUCAGUGGCAAAUGUGAGUGCCUGCAGAUCGAGUUUUUCAACCACACGAGCAAGAUGUGCACACAAAGAUUAUCCCGGCACCAGUCAUGUGAUGAGACACUACAAUGUCAGGAAUCUCUUUCGUGUUUGAAACAGAUGUGCCAAUGUACAGACGAUGAGUUUUUCAGUAAAAAUGGUGUCUGCACCUUAAGAUUAUCAAGAGAAGACAACUGCUCAGACACACUUGAAUGUAAGAGUAGUCUAACUUGCAUCAAUGGAAGUUGUGACUGUCUACAGUCCGAGUUUUUCAACCACACGACCAACACAUGCACACAAAGAUUAUCCCGGCACCAGUCAUGUGAUGAGACACUACAAUGUCAGGACACCCUCUCUUGUUUGGGUCAGAUGUGUCAGUGUACAGAGGAUGAGUUUUACAACAGAAGAUAUGAUGUCUGCAACUCAAGAUUAUCAAGAGAAGACAAUUGUUCAAACACGGAAGAAUGCAAGAGUAGUCUCACCUGCCUUCAAGGAGAGUGUAAUUGUCUUCAAUCUGAGUUUUUUAAUGAUACGACCAACACAUGCACCCAAAGUAAGAUACGCAGUAUAUCAAAUAUUUGGUAG